AUGCAAGAUGCGAAUAAUAUUAAAACACCUAUGGAAAUUAGUAAUGGUAGAAAAAUAGAACGAUGUGAUGAUGAAAAGGCUAAAAAUUGGCCAUAUCGAGAAUUGAUAGGCUCAUUGAUGUACCUAAGUGUUGCGACGAGGCCUGAUAUCACAAAUUCUGUGGUAAAACUGGCACAAUUCUGUAACAAUCCUAAGCAAGAAGACUGGAUAGCGGCAAAACGGAUUUUACGCUAUUUGAAAGGAACAAUAAACUACGGACUGGUGUAUAAGAAAACUGGUGAGUUCGUGAAAGGAUACUGCGAUGCAGAUUGGGGGAGUUGUUCUAUAAACAGACGGUCAUUUUCGGGAUAUGUUUUUAUUUUAGCUGGUGCUGGCAUCACGUGGAUGUCGCGUAAACAACGAACUGUUGCAGCAUCCAGCUGCGAGGCGGAGUAUGUCAGUCUUGCGGAAGCUGUUAAGGAAGGAUUGUACCUACAAAGUUUACUCAACGAAUUGGGGCUUGAAAGGUAUGCGUCCAUAUCCCUUAAUGCCGAUAGUAGAUCUGCGAUUUUCCUUGCCCAAGAUCCUGUGUUUCAUGCUAGGAGCAAACACAUCGAUAUUAAAUAUCAUUUUGUUAGGAGGGUUCUAAAAGAUAAUAAAAGUAUAAGUUUGGGACAUGUAGCCACUACCGAUAUGAUAGCAGAUGUAUUAACAAAACCGCUGCCUAGCAUUAAACAUUAUAAAUGUAUAGACGGUAUAGGUCUUAAAUCUUGUUAA